GCAGGGAGUAGGGAGGCGGCCUCUCCAGCUCCCCCCCCAAAAAAACUCUCAGUGAUUUCCUCUGGGUAGGAGAAAGCCUCGGUCAGCGGCUAUCCCAUUUUGCAGAUCUUACUGCCCUUCUCCUGCUUCUCUUUCCAGGGACCAUGACCUUGGGCCUCCCCAGGAGGGGCCUUCUGAUGCUGCUGAUGGCCUUGGAACUGACCCAGGGUGACCCCUUGAAGCCCUCCCGGGGCCCUCUGGUGACCUGCACGUGUAAGAAUCCACACUGCAAGGGGCUUACCUGCCAGGGGGCCUGGUGCACAGUAGUGCUGGUGCGGGAGGAGGGCAGGCACCUCCAGGAAUAUCGGGGCUGCGGGAACAUAGACUGGGAGCUCUGCAUGGGGCGCCCCACCGAGGCCUUCAACCACUUCUGCUGCUACAACUCCUUCUGCAACCACAACGUGUCCCUGGUGCUGAUGGCCACCCAAACUCCUUCGGAGCAGCCAGAAAUAGAUGGCCAGCUGCCUCUGAUCCUGGGGCCCAUGCUGGCCUUGCUGGUCCUGGUGGCCCUUGGUGCCCUGGGCCUGUGGCACGUCCGGCGGAGGCACAAGAAGCAGCGGGGCCUGCACAGCGAGCUGGGCGAGUCCAGCUUCAUCCUGAAGGCGUCCGAGCAGGGGGACAGCAUGUUAGGGGACCUCCUGAACAGCGACUGCACCACAGGCAGUGGCUCGGGGCUUCCCUUCCUGGUGCAGAGGACAGUGGCGCGGCAAGUCACCCUGGUGGAGUGUGUGGGAAAGGGCCGCUAUGGAGAGGUGUGGCGGGGCCUGUGGCAUGGUGAGAGUGUGGCAGUCAAGAUCUUCUCCUCGAGGGAUGAACAGUCCUGGUUCCGCGAGACCGAGAUCUACAACACAGUGCUGCUCAGACACGACAACAUUCUAGGCUUCAUUGCCUCGGACAUGACCUCCCGCAACUCCAGCACGCAGCUGUGGCUCAUCACGCACUUCCACGAACACGGCUCGCUCUACGACUUCCUGCAGAGGCAGCCGCUGGAGCCCCAGCUGGCCCUGAGGCUGGCCACGUCCGCGGCCUGCGGCCUGGCGCACCUGCACGUGGAGAUCUUAGGCACGCAGGGCAAACCGGCCAUCGCCCACCGCGACCUGAAGAGCCGCAACGUGCUAGUCAAAAGCAAUCUGCAGUGCUGCAUCGCCGACCUGGGCCUGGCCGUGAUGCACUCCCAGGGCAGCGAUUACCUGGACAUCGGCAACAACCCAAGAGUGGGCACCAAGCGGUACAUGGCACCCGAGGUGCUGGACGAGCAGAUUCGCACUGACUGCUUUGAGUCCUACAAGUGGACUGACAUCUGGGCCUUUGGCCUGGUGCUGUGGGAGAUCGCCCGCCGGACUGUGGUCAAUGGCAUCGUGGAGGACUACCGGCCACCCUUCUAUGAUGUGGUGCCCAACGACCCCAGCUUUGAGGACAUGAAGAAGGUGGUGUGUACGGAUCAACAGACCCCCACCAUUCCUAACCGGCUGGCAGCAGACCCGGUCCUCUCAGGCCUGGCUCAGAUGAUGCGGGAGUGCUGGUACCCCAAUCCCUCUGCCCGACUCACCGCACUACGGAUCAAGAAGACGCUACAGAAAAUCAGCAACAGUCCAGAGAAGCCCAAAGUGGUUCACUAGCCCAGCGGCGCCUGACUCCCCUGUGCCUGCAGAGGGGUGGGGCAGUGAGUGGCAGCCUGUCUGGGUCGAGGUGGUGUGAGUGUGUGUACUGUGGACGGGGUGCCCCUCUUUGGGGCAGCUGCGCCUGAGGGACUCGGCCCCCUGCCCAUCCAGCCAAAAAUACAGCUGGGCUGAAAUCUGA